UCUUUGUUUGUUUACAACUUAUCACUAAUGAAGUUACACGACAUUAUGUGAGGAAAAUCCCAAAUAAUUAUUCAAUACGAGAUGAAAUUUAUAUUGAGCAUUAUAUUCUUUGUUUUUCUCCUCUUCACUGAACAUUGCUGUGAUGAACCAAUACCAGUUACGUGUUACUGCGAGGACCAUGACUGUCCUCACUAUGUGCCUGGUACUGAAAUGAAUGGAACUUGUAUUUUACCACUAGGAGCACAAUGUUUUAGCUCAAUUGAAGAGACGUCUGAUGAAGAACCAAUACGUAGGUUUGGAUGUCUACCACCAGACGAAUCGUCGGAUAUGCAGUGUAAAGGGAAUUUAUCCCCUCAUGCUGUAAGGAAGUCAAUCGAGUGCUGUAACUUCACAGACAUGUGUAAUCAGAAUUUGCAUCCUAAAUUGGCUGAUAAACCACCACCAGUUUCUGAGAUGUCAUGGGAGGACAAGAUUUUCUACACCAUAUUGUGCGUCUCAAUCACUUUUUGCGUAAUAUUCUUCAUAAUGGUCGCCCUAAUAUUCAACUCAAGGUUUAAAAAGCAGGAAGAGGCGAGGCAACUAAAUUACCUUUGUCAUCCAAUUUUAACACCUACAACCACCCUUACCGAUCUCAUCGAUAAAAGUUCUGGUUCAGGCUCAGGUCUCCCAAUAUUCGUGCAGCGAACCAUUGCCAAACAAAUUGAGCCCAUCAAGAUGGUAGGGAAAGGACGCCAUGGUGAAGUGUGGCUUGGCUCUUGGCGCGAUGACAAGGUUGCAGUCAAGAUAUUCUCCACGACUGAAGAAAAAAGUUGGUUCAGAGAGACUGAAAUUUACCAGACGGUUUUGAUGCGGCAUGACAACAUCCUAGGAUUUGUUGCGGCAGAUAUCAAAGGCACCGGUUCAUGGACGCAAAUGCUGCUUAUAACUGAGUACCAUGAGUUUGGAUCGCUGUACGAUUACUUGCAAACAAACGAGCUCGAUGUUUCCUCUCUCAUGUCGUUGAUUUGCUCAGCCGCAGCUGGUGUUGCUCAUCUCCACACAGAAAUUUUCAGCACUCAAGGGAAACCUGCCAUUGCUCACAGAGAUAUUAAAUCCAAAAAUAUCCUCGUCAAGAGGAAUGUUGAAUGUGUAAUCGCUGAUUUUGGUUUGGCUGUGAGAUACAACAGUGAUUCCAAUGAAAUUGACAUUGCAAGAGAUAAUGCUCGAGUAGGAACCAGGAGGUAUAUGGCUCCAGAAGUUUUAGACGGGACAUUGGACAAGCUUUUGAAUCAAACUUCUGAUGUGCGGGCAUUUGAAGCCCUCAAAAUGGCUGAUAUCUAUUCUCUUAGCUUGGUUUUCUGGGAGAUGUGCAGGAGAUGCAAUGGUGGGAAAGACCUAAAAGUUGAAGAGUAUGCUUUGCCGUACCAUGAUAAGGUUCCCAGUGAUCCCAGCUUCGAAGAUAUGCACGAAGUUAUAGUCAAAGGCGGCGUUCGCCCAGCAGUGCCAGACAGAUGGAAAGAAAGUUUCGUUCUCAAUAUCAUUUCUGAGAUAAUGAAAGAAUCCUGGCAUCCAAAUCCCGGUGUCAGACCAACAGCACUACGAAUCAAGAAAUCAUUGAAUAGCUUGAGAAAUUCUGAUAAAUUGAAUUUAAGUCCCAGUUAGUAGGAAGCCAUCUCAUUUCUUUGCCACCUCCUAAUUUACGUACAAUCUAUUACUCGUUUUUCUAGAAAGAAAAAUUUAUUUCUAAGUUUGCCUAAGAUGAUUCUCUGAUUAAAUCGUACUUUAUAUUAAAGUAAGAUUAAAUGAAUAACAAAUGUUAUAGUUUGUAAGUAAUGUAUUGAUAAAGUAUGUAACUUUGACAAGAACUCUGGGAACUGAGCUCACUUUCAUUAUUUUAUUGACUUAAGCAAAAUAGGACUUUCGUAAGUAAGAAGGAUGACUCUCAAAAGCACGGGUGCAGUACCUCAAUCGCAGAUUUCAAACAUAAUGCUUCAUCGUAAGAAAACCUGAUCUGCCUCAUGGUUUUUUUAAUUUCCAGUGUAAGUUCUCAACAAGAUGGCAUAGUCACUUCUACAAUAUGAAGGACGAAUUUUCACUGGUUUUCCUCCAGUAGAAUACCUUGCUGGAAAAAUAAUUUAAAUAUCCAGAAUAUGGUCAUGGCAACCUUGCUUUUGCGGGCAAAAUUUCUCCUGAAAUACUUGAAAGUCAUAAUGUCCCUCGGUAGGUUUAAAAUAUUUUUAGAUCAUGUAGGGCUUAUUUGUACAUUUUUAAACGUAUCUGUGAAAACAAUAUAAUUUCUGGUGCAUUUUAGUCCGUGAAAAACUGGAAACUUUCAAAAAUCUUAUAGUAAGCCACGAUUGGAUAGUUUCUUCAGGAGCCCUUCCACAUUAUUCUCAACUUAAUUGACUUGUAACAUUUUUACUGACUUAAAAAAACGAAUGAAAUUAUUUUCUCCCACCCGUUGGGUCACCUCUCAUCAAUUUGUUUCCAUUCGUUCCACCUGUUAAAAUUUGAAUUAUAUAUCAACAGCGAAUUCCCCAACCAUGAAUCUAGUUUGUGAUGUUCUAAAAGUUUCGCUCUUAUUUUAUUUUUUUUUGAAGGAGGGCAACUCAGCAUUAUUCUGUGAAGUUUUCAUAAAAUUUUCUUAGCACUCUGAAGAAAAAUUAUGACAUUUUGUAAGAAUUAAAGUUAAGUAGUUUUCAUUUCAAAAAUAUCGUACAAUAUGGAGUCUGCAACAUUACCAACCUAGAUACAAGGCUUGGGAGUUUCACCAUCAGUUUAUCUCAUUGUUUCUCAAGGACAUUUAAAAGUAAUGGCCCAUGGUCGUGUAAAGGCCAUUCCUCAGGAAAAAUUUGUAUCCAGACCUAGGAAAGAUAGUGUUAUCCUUACAACAAUUAGUUAAAACCAAAUGAUUCGUGGAAUCAAUUGAAGUUUUUGAGUUUUCCUUUUGUGUAUCGCAUGAAUUGGUUUCAAAAUCUUUAUUUUUUAGAGUAUCAAGUGCCAUCAUUAAAGGAUGGUGUAGAAGUUUUAAAGACUGGUUAGUCCACUAAGAUAUCUGUGGUGCGUGGACUAUUGUAGUUUCUAGCUCUAAGAUUAUUAGUUAAAAGUUAUCGAAAGGCCAUCAAUCGAAGGUCAAUUGACCGUUAAUUGAGUUCCUGUGUUUCGCAUGAAUGGGUUUCAAAAUCUAUAUUUUUUAGAUCAACAAGAGAUUGAAAUUCCUUGUGUUUUGCAUGAAAUGGUUUCAAAAUCUUUACUAAAUCAUCAAGUGCCAUCUAAAAAAGACAACAAAAAAGUUUAAAGACUGUCAGUCCACUUUCUCACCUUCAUGAACUAGGUAUUUUAGUUUUUGGACGGAGGAUCAUUCAUUACAAGUCAUUGGACUUAAACCGACUGAUAAUUUUAAAUCAGUUUUUUAAAAAAUAUUAUUUAUUAACUUUUCCUUUAUAUUUCUUGAGUGUUCAUCAGUUUUUAAUUUUGCUUCUGAGGUAUAGCAUUAUAACAAUAUCAGAGGUGCUACUUUUUCUUAUUAUUUUCUUUAAUUAAAUUGUACAUAUUUACUUGUUGCAAUAAUUAGAUAAACUUUUGAGACUGCGAUCUCAUCUUAUGUUACACUAACAUAAACUGACCUAGCUGAUUGUUAAAGGCAAAAAUCUGUGAAAGAGUGUCCAUGCAUUAAAAGUGCGCUUUGCCUGAAUAUUGUUGUAAUUGACAUGGCAUCCGAGGUAAAAAACAUUUCAAAGUGUUUGUUCUUUAUUCUGUAUGCUGUUUUUUUCAAACAAUCUUAGGAAGCAAUAUCUUUAUUCCAUUUAAAUCAAACCGCAAAAACUUGGUCGAUAGUAAAAAGUCUUCAAAAGACCUGAAGAAAUUUUACACAAAAGCGUGGAAUUUUAAAAAUGGAUUUAAUUUCAUGGAUAUUUUUUUGGAUUGGGUUCAUGGAUGAGGAAAUUAAAUUACGAAGGCAUGUAAUUUAAAUUAGCAGUUUCUGCGCAAGUGGCUCUUGACACUGUCGAUAUUUCACACUUGAAUUAGAAUUUCUUGCCAGUAUUUGUUGAAAAAUAAUUUUAUGAGGAGCCCCACCAGCGAACAUUCAAACUCUAUACAAUUUUUCCUCUAUGUGAAAUUUCAUUAGCAGUGUCUGAGAAAUUUAACAAAGUGCAAACAAGAUAUUUUGUUUGACAGUAUUCUCAGAGCAGCAAGGUUGAGAUAAGUCAAGCAGCAACAAAUAACUGUAACAUUACAGGAACUUUAACUUUAGCCCACUCUCUUGUCACUGCAAAGCCAAGUCAAAUCUCCUCAGAAGUGCCAUUAAUGUUAUUGUUUGUUGCAGUUCCUAAUAUAUUAAAAAAUAACUUUGCAUAAUUUUCUUCUUUUUGAAUAUAUCUGUAGCUGCCAUGAACUGUCACUUCAUUUUCAUUGAUUCAAGAACUUAGCAAAAAGCCACGUCACAGCCGCAUUGCCUGCACUGGAUUUUGCUCACAAAAAAAAAGAAGAAAAAAAGAAAACCUGUCCCCUCUUGGGCAUGGUGUUAAAUACGUAUCUUCACUAACUAUUUUAUGUAAAUCUUUUACCAAGUGCAUCUGUCAAGAAUGCAAAUUAUGUACUUGAUUUCUCUAAAAUGGUCUCUUAUGCUUUUUUUUUCUCUCAAUCAUGGAUGUAUUUUCCAACUUGUAAUACUCCUAAGGUGAAUAUUUUUUCUCAAAUCUAAUUAAGUUCUCAUAAAUGUGAGUAAUCGAUUUUUCCUCCAUUUUUUUUUUUUUUUUUUGUGCUAUAACCUCGAAAAUGUAUAUAAAAUGGAAUAAACUUUAAUUUUUUAACUAUUUUUAAAACUGCUCAAUCUUUCAUGUCAUUCCCUUGAUAGUAUUCUUUCUAUGUUAUUAUUCUUAAUUCACUUUUCUUUCAAAUAAAGAGGUGAGGCGUGGUUCUGUAACAAAAAAAAAAUGACAAUGAAGAAACCUGUUCUUUUGUUGCUUUAAGGGUGUAUGUAAUUUUGACCCUAAUUUUUGUACAUCAACAAAUUCAUAUGAAUUCAUAUUAUAUUCAUGUAUAAUCAGAGAGACAUAUGAAUCAGUGAGAACGGAAACACACCAACUCAAAAAAAUGAAAAUUAUCAAGACGCACACACAACUGCACAGUAGAUAAAGAAGUUAGUCUCAGAAAAAGAUUUUUGACGCCAAAAGACGAGUAUUUGAGGAAACUCUAAAGGUCCGAGUUAAAACAAAUGCGCUAACUUCAAUGACCUGUAUGAAAAUUGACUGUUUUGAAUGAAAAUAAAGAAUUUUUGAGUUACCGAAUUGGUGUGUUUUCGUUCUCACUGAUUCAUAUACUACUGGAAGUAGUGGCACAAACAUUAUUACACUGUAAGAAUUUUUGUAUAAACAGUUUUAUUUAACAGAAACAUCUAAAAAAAUUACAUAUUCACAAAUUGAAAGGAAAGUGAAGUACAAAGUUAAUCCCUAAGUUCAUUUCAUGUCAUUGAAUAAAAUGGUAGUUUAUGUACAAGGUACAACAAUAUACAAGAUGAUUCUAUGCA